UUGACAGUUAGCUGAGGCAGUAAGGGCAGAUCAUCGGCGAGCGUUCAACAAGAUACAUAAGAUAAUUUGAUUGAUUGAUCAACAUUAACAGUGAAGCUUAUACACAACAUUUACAGCUAAAAAAUCUCCAGAACAAUUCAGAAAUGAGUGAUAGGGAGGCAUUACUGUCAAAUGACAAUUACAGAAUGUCAUAUUACUCAGAUUUUACAUUCGUGUCUGAUGUAAGGAUUAUUCUGAUGGGCAAGACUGGAGCAGGGAAGAGUUCGACAGGAAACACUAUCCUGGGACAGGAAGUGUUUCACGUAGAGGAAUCACCUGAACAAGUUACAAGCGUGUCCAGCAAACGGGUUGCACGGCAAGGAGGAAGAGUAAUCUCUGUGAUUGACAUGCCAGGUUUUUGUGGAUCAUUGACUAGAGAAGAGAUGAAGACACAGAUAGAUAAGUGUGUUGAUCUGUCGGUUCCUGGUCCUCAUGUGUUUCUGCUGGUGAUCAGUCUCGGUGCGCGAUACACAGCGGAGGAGGUGAACACAGUAAAACUGAUUCAGGAGAACUUUGGAAAAGAUGCUAUACGUUACACCAUCGUUCUGUUCACUCGCGCUGAUCAGCUGAGACGUAAGACUUUCCAACAGUAUGUAGCAGAAAGCCAGCAUCUUCGGAGACUUACCAACAGCUGUGGUGGCGGAUAUCACGCGUUCAGCAAUGAAGACAUGAUGAACCGCACUCAGGUCACUGAACUGAUGGAGAAGAUCGACAAAAUGGUCGGGAAGAAUGGAGGAGGCAAUUACACAAAUGAAAUGUUUAAAGCAGCUCAAAGAAAGAUAAAAAGUGAAGAGAUGAAAAGAAAGGCAAUAGAUUUUGGAUUGAGAGUUGGAUCAGCUGUAGGAACAGGAACAGCAAUAGCAGGAUGUGCCGCGCUGGGAGUAGCGGAGGUAGCGGUGGCUUUACCUCUAGUUAUAGUUGGAGCUGGUGUAGUUGGUGUGGCUGCGGGAAUGGAUCUGAAACGUACUGUGGACAGAGCUAGACAAAACAGAGAGGAAAGGAAUUGGUAUAACUUUUAG